AGUAUUCACACGGUCAUCAAGUCUCAAGGUCCAUUGUACAGUCCAUACAGGGGAGAAACACUUUAAGUGUACAGUUUGCCAUAAAGCUUUCGCAACAUCUACAAGGCUACUAAUGCAUCAGAUGAUUCAUACAGGAGAGAAGCUGUUCACAUGCAACGUGUGCAGCAAAUCAUUCUUAAACUCAUCUGACUUUCGUGUACACCAACGUUUUCACACAGGCGAGAAACCAUUCUCUUGCGAGCUGUGUAACCAGUCUUUCUCAGGCUUAUCAACCCUCCGCAGACACCAGCAGAUUCACAAAGGGGAAAAACCGUUCAUUUGUGAGUUGUGCAAUAAAUCAUUUUCACGGUUAACAAACCUGCAGAUCCACCAUCGCAUUCACACGGGGGAGAAACCAUUUACGUGUGAAGUCUGUGAUAAAUCAUUCUCGCGCUCAGGAACCCUGCGCAAACAUCAACUUAUUCACACGGGCAAGAAACCCUUCCCAUGCGAACUAUGUGACAAAUCAUUCUUGCAGUUAACCAGUCUCCAGAUCCAUCAACGCAUUCACACUGGGGAGAAACCAUUCACAUGUGAAGUAUGUGACAAAUCAUUCUCUGACUCAUCAACCCUCCGUAAACAUCAACGCAUUCACACGGGGGAGAAGCCGUUCACAUGUGAGGUGUGUGACAAAUCAUUCUCGGUUUCAUCAACUCUCCGUGUACAUGAACGCAUUCACACAGGGCAGAAGCCAUUGAAGUGUGAGGUGUGUGACAGAUUAUUUUCAGUUUCGGCGACCCUCCGCAGGCAUCAACACAUUCACACAGGGAAGAAAUUAUUCAGGUGUGAGGUUUGCAAUAAAGCUUUUGUAACAUCAACAAAGCUGCUAAUACAUCAGAGGAUCCACACAGGGGAGAAACCAUUCAGGUGUAAAGUGUGUGACAAGUCAUUCUUGUGGCCCUCGAACCUCCAUCGACACCAAUGCAUUCAUACAAGGGAGAAACCAUUCAAAUGCAAGGUGUGCAACAAAGCCUUCACACAGUCAUCGAGCCUCAUGGUCCAUCAGACAAUUCACACAGGGGAGAAACUCUUCAGGUGUGAGGUGUGUGUUAAAUCAUUCUCACGAUUAUCGAACCUCCGCCGACACCAGCGCAUUCACACAGGGGAGAAACCAUUCAAGUGCGAGAUCUGCAACCGAGCUUUUGCAAAAUCAUCAAGACUCAUGAAUCACCAACGCAUUCAUACAGGGGAGAAGCCAUUCAAGUGUGAGGUCUGCAACCGAGCUUUCGCACAGUCAUCAACGCUAGUAAAUCACCGGCGUACUCAUACUGGGGAGAAGCCAUAUGUGUGCGAGGUGUGUGACAAGGCAUUCUCACAGCCAUCAAACCUCCGUGUACAUCAACGUAUUCACACAGGGGUGAAACCAUUUACAUGCGAGGUAUGUCACAAAUCAUUUUCAAUGUCAGCAAAUCUCCGUUUACACCAACGCAUUCACACAGGAGAGAAACCAUACACAUGCAACGUGUGUAUGAAAUCAUUCUUGAAUCCAGUACAUCUCUGCAUACACCAGCGCAUUCAUACAGGAGAGAGACCAUUUGCAUGUGAGGUGUGUGACAAAUCUUUCUCUCAAUCAUCAAGCCUCCGUGUUCACCAACGCAUUCACACAGGGGAGAAGCCAUUUGCAUGUGGUGUUUGUGACAAGUCGUUCUCACAGUUAUCAAGUCUUCAUGUACACCAACGCGUUCACACAGGGGAGAAGCCUUUCACAUGUGAGGUAUGUGACAAAUCAUUCUCACAGACAUCGAGUCUCCGUGUUCAUCAACGCAUUCACACAGGGGAGAAGCCAUUCAGGUGUGAGGUGUGCAAGAAAUCGUUCUCAAGCUCAUCGAACCUCCUGCUCCACCAGAAGAUUCACACAGGAGAGAAACCCUUCACAUGCAAAGUUUGUGACAAAUCAUUCUCAGGAUCAUCAAAACUUCUGCUGCAUCAAAGGAUUCACAUCGGGGAAAAACCAUUCAGGUGUGAGGUCUGUGCCAAGUCAUUCUCACAGUCAUCAAUCCUCCGCAUUCACCAUCGCAUUCACACUGGGGAGAAACCGUUCAAGUGUAAUGUGUGUAACAAAUCGUUCUCUCAGUCAUCAGCUCUCCGGACACACCAACGCAUACAUACAGGUGAGAAACCAUUCAUAUGCAAUGUGUGCAACAAACCAUUCUCCAGGUCGUCAAGCCUCCUGCUCCACCAGAGGACCCACACAGGAGUAAUCUUUCCGGUGUGAAGUUUACCGUAACGAUUUUGCAACAUCUAUCUUCAAGCAGCUGGAAAAGCCACAAGAUUUACACGAGAAAGAAACGCUUCAGGUGUGAUCUUUGUAGCAAGGUUUUCACUCAGCCAUUCAAGUCCAUCAAAGCAUGAACAGAGGGGAGAAAUGCUGUUAGUGUGAGGUCUGUAAUAAAAGCAUUACAUAAUUGUUGGACUUCCUGAAACAUCAUCAAACCCAUAGGGGCGUAGUCAACUUCUUAUUAAGAUGUCACUAGUGUAAAAAUCUGAAAAAGCUGAAUGCACAGAAUGUUCAGUAGGACAGAACAAGAAGCAGCUUUCACUCCCAUCAAACACCUAGUGAUGACAUCACCAGUGUUGAGGGAUUAUGAUGUCAGCAAUGGAGCCACCCUGCAGUGUGAUGUCAGUGACACAGGACUUGGAGUAAUCCCCAUGCAGUGAGGACACCCGUUGUGUUUGUAUCCAGAGUGUUAACAUAAAUUGAACACUACUGUACACAGUUUGAGAAAGAGACCCUGGAUGUUAUCUUUGAUUAUGUGGACUCACUCAGUACCCUUUAGGGAGAGAAAGUGACAGUAGAAUCUGACCACAAACCAUUUCAAAGCAUCUUUGCCAACCAUUUCAGUCUUUGCAAAGCUUUUCAAAAAGGAUAUUACUUGAUUUGUAGAGAUAUCACUCUGCAGCGAAGUACAAGAAACAGAAACAUUGCUGACAAGCUGUUGAGAGCUGCAUUCCCUUUGAAGGAAAUUGAUUCUCUUUGAUGGAAGUACACAGUUUGAAAUCUUCCAGAUUCAGUAAGCACCAACAACACAAGAUAACAUAAAUCUGUCAAGGACACUCCUGUGACAGUUAGACAGUAUUGGACAAAGAAAGUUGAUUGUCCAAGUUGUCAUCUGUGCAUAGGGAACAGGGUCAUUAUCCCUGAAGAGAUGGGGAAAGAGAUGCUGAAGCAUAAACCACACAAACCAUUGGGAAUUGAGUCUCAUCUGAAUAAGGUAAGGGAGGUGAUCUACUGCCUAAACAUGAGCAAUGAGAUGAAAAACUACAUCAGCUAAUGUAGUGCUUAUAAUGAACAUCAAACUAAACAAGAUAAAGAGUUACCCAUUGCUCAUGACAUCCCAGACAGUUCAUGGAUAAAGCUUGGAAUAGACCUUUUUAUUUUCACUUGAACUGAUUAUCUUAUCACAAUCGAAUAAUAUUCAGGCGGCAAGGAGUUAGAGCAGCUGAUUUUAUGGAUUCCUAGUGAGACUAUAGAAUGUCUGAAAGCACACUUCAGUCAUCUUGAAAUCCCUGAUAAUGACAUCAAUUCCUGAACGAAGAAUUCAGAUACUUCAUGGAUGGGAAAUUCAGCAACACCUAUUGUCUCCACAUUAUCCCAAGUCAAAUGGAAAGGGUGAGGAAUUGGUGAAAAUUGACAAAUGCAUCAUCAAAAUCUAGCACAGAUGUGUACAGUGUGAUCUUAGAGCAGAGAAUCACAGAUACUGAGGUUUUCUGGGCCAGUGACUGUUGUAGCACCACUCCAAACUACACUUCCUAAAGUAAAGUAAUACCAAAGCCAGAAAUUGUGCUAUAAGUGAACUGGGAAGAAUAGAAUAGAAUAGCCUUUAUUAUCACAUAUACUCAACAAGAAUGGUGAAAAGUUUAUAUGUUGCCAAUUACAGCAUUGACUUAGAUACAGAAGUACCUAGGCACAGCUUCUUUCGUUACCAGAUUUGUUACAGAAAUAAAAUGUCCAGUUCAGUAAACCAGACCACACUUCCAGUCCACCGCUCUACACCAUGCCAACGACAUGCUGGGAGGCCAUUGCGCCAGGUCGAGAAGUCAUCAUGCCAACGCCAGGAGGCCCCAAUGGGAGGAGGCCGCUGCGUCAAGCCGAGAGGUCACCACAGCACACUGGGAGGUUGCUGCAAGAGGCUAGGAGGUUGCCACGCCAUUUCGGGAAGCAACUGCACCAGGCCAGGAGUCGUUGCCAGAGGCCAGGAAUUGUUGCUAGAGGCUGGGGAUUGUCACUGACAAGUGGCUGGGGAUCGUCACUUGCCAGAGGUUGGGGAUUGUCACCAAAGGCCAGGGAUCGUUGCCCCUUGCUGGAGGCCGAAGUCAUUGUCAAAGGCCCAAAGUUGAAGGCAAGAAGAAGAAGAAGAGAAAAAAGGAGGAUGAAAAAGAGAAAAAAGCAAUGAAGAAGAGCGGGCAGAGAAAUGAGCUCCGGUUGGAGCUCCUAAUCCAUCACCAUCUUACACUGAUAAUUGUUCUUCACUGUGAAACAAGUGAUCCCUAAACACAAAAUCUCAACAAGAUCACCAAGAUGACCAAUUUCCCUGACUGACUGCUUUUCAGGACAAAACAAUCCCACGAGUUUCAUCAUGAACAUGAAAUUCUUGUGACACACUCAACUUUAACAAAAGGCAGGAGAAAGAAAAGUAUUCUUAAUCUAUGACUGUGCAUCUUAGUGAUAGUUCUUCAACAUCAAAAGUACAUACGUACGUAUACACACACACACACACACACACACACACACACACACACACACACACACACACACACACACACACACACAUACACCCGGAGAAAAAAGACAAACCUGUGGAACAUAAGUAUGGAAAAUAUAGACUAGAUAAGUGCAAUUCUUUAAAUCAAAAGUCCAAAUUUCAAAGGCAUAUUAAAUUGUCUUUUAUUAAACUUUUAGCACUGAUUACACGGUUGUCCAUAGGGCGAUGGCUGUUACUUGAUUCGAAAAUUGAUUUUAGUCUUUUCUUGUUAGAAGUAUUUCUUUCAAGCUUUAUUACUUUCUUGUUUCUCCCUACAUGAAGAAACAGCUAGGGAGAGAUGGAUGAUUUCUGUUUGCAGGUUCUGGAUGUUUCACUCUGCUGCCCUGACAUUUACAGCUUUUUAAUACUGCAUCUCAAACAAUCAAAGGACUGUCAUCAGGUAGCAGUCCUUCACUCAAAAGUAUACUCGGUGCCACUCAGUCUUGAACCAACUCCAUCACUGUUACAAAAAGCAGUGUCUUGCACGGCUCCAAAUUAUGCCAAAAUAAUUAAUUUGAUUUUCAAGUUUCAAACCCUUGUAUUUCAGUUACAUAAUUUCCCAACUUCCAUUUCAGUUUCUAGUCCCAAAAAAGAAAACUCUGAAGUCUCUUACAGUAGUAAUGCAACAGUGACAACAGCAAAGUGAAACGGCAAUCAAAGCUAAAUUUCAGUUUUACAAUGCUUUGGCCGCACUAUCAGAACUGAGUUGGAGAGCCAGGGUGCAAGCAUUACAUAUUUUUAACAAAUGUCAGCCCAUCUGCUAACUAUAGAUCCAUGUAGAGAAGUUGUCAAAAAGAUACAGUACAAGUGAAAGACCAGAUCUUUUGUUGCAAACACAGACAUCUACCUUCUGUUGUGAACAGUUAUGGGCCUUUUAUCUAAGCAGGGAUUUGCUGGCAUUGGAAGGGGUUGAGAGGAACUUUACAGAAUGAUCCUGAGGAUGAAGGGCUUAUCAUAUGAGGAGGUUAUUCAGUUUCAUCAAGGUGACUAACUGUUUAUCAAUAUCCUUGCAAACUCAUAUCUGCUACAACUCCUCAUGCAGGAAUGGAAUGUGUCAUGAAUGCAGCUCCUAACAUAAUAACAAAAACUAAAAUUGUUGCCAGUCAUUUGAUAGCAGUGACAGGAAAUCCUCAAAUAAUCAAUUGUGGAACUCUGAGAGACUUGCAGGGUAAAAGAGCUGGAAUUAGGACUGUUUUAUGAACAGCUAUGUAACAUAUCCACCUGGGACUGCAGUAAUGAUUUUAAAGUCCAUAUAUUAUUCCAGCCAAAUCGCGGUGAGAUGCUUAAAUAAGUGGAUCCACAAAACUUCCCAAAUGCAGUAAGAUCUGAUCUACAAGACAAAAACAUAUCUGAUUGAACUACCCUUGUUUUGUUCAAUCAAAAGAGGAGAGACAAAAAUUGGUGACCACAUUUUAGAUACACGGGAAUGAAAUAUACAACAAAACUGAACCAAUUUAACAGCAAAUUCUACUUGGAAGGCAUCACUUGAUAAUGCUAUCAUUUGAUAAAAUUAUAUUAACAAAUUAAUUCACAAGCAGAUUUCCAGUGGCAAAGGCUCAUAGGCACUGAGAGAUAUGUGCAGGAAACCUUUAAGCAUUCAGGGAUGACUUUCUAGCCUUCUUGUAGGAGCUAUUGCAACAAAUUGUCUGGAUUGUAUUGCUGGUCAUAAAAUACUGUAAAGUCUGACUGUUUUAUCCUAAACUCUUAUCUGUGUUGUAUAACAUAAUGGUUCUGAAAGAGUUAAUGUAUGAACUACACGAAAGUUCUACCAGACUAACAAUAUAUACGUAGUUUCUGGGUGAAAAGUCAAGCAGCAGUGAGAAUUGGGCAACUUCUCCUGAUGGAGAAACAUAUCUUCUCUACCUCGUGUUUUGAGUCAGAUUUAAUAUAACCUGUUACAGUUACUGAAGUACAAUAAAGUACACACUGAAACAAGAA